AUGGCUAUUAUGAUUCAUGAUAAUCUUCUUAUCUUACUGGCGUGCAGCAUUGUUCCUGCUCUACGAGCUGUCACUGACCCAUUAGAAUUUAACAACAAAAAAUUGGUUCUGUGGAAGGUGCUCAUGACUGGAUUUAAAAUGAUAACAUUUAUUGGCGGUUCAUCUAGUAGUGAUCACCGUGGAACAAAAUCUGAAUCUGAUGGACAGGGGUUGUGUGGGAGUGGGAAUUGUGUUAGUGAUGUUUCAACAAACUCCUCUGCAGUGACUUUGGAAGAUUCCUGUACUGACUCUAUUCUUGCAGCAGUGACUAAAGGUGUGCAUGGAAUUUCUGGCAAGGGGUUUGGAUUUACCAGGAAGUUGUUUCAAUAUGAGUUUCCUAACAAGAGUUUACAAUUGGGUUGCACUAAUAACAAAAGAGAUGAUAUGGAUGUGACAGCAUCAGCUUCGGUUGAGAGUGUCUGUGAAUGUUUUCAUGAUGUGGAGGUGAAUAUUAAGGAACCAAGUAUUUCAACAACUAUCAUGAAUUUUGAAAACAAAUUAGAUCCUUUUGGUGCUUCUAGUACUCCUAUUUAUCAAACAGCUACAUUUAAGCAGCCUUGUGGAACAGAGUGUGGCCCUUAUGCCUAUAGUAGAAAAGCGAAUCCUACACGGGACAUGUUGGAAAGGCUCCUAGCCAAGCUUGACAAGGCUGAUCGUGCAUUUUGCUUUUCUACUGGAGUGGCGGCUUUGGCUGCUGUGACCCAUCUGGUUGGAGCUGGCCAAGAAGUUGUUUCUGGAAAUGACAUGUAUGGUGGUUCUGAUCGAUUUCUUUCACAAAUACUUCCAGGGAGAGGAGUAGUAGUAAAGCGUGUGGAUAUGACUGAUCUAAGUGCGGUUGCAGCUGCUGUCGGUCCCUGGACAAAGCUAGUGUGGUUGGAGAGUCCAACUAACCCCCAGCUUCAAAUAUCUGAUAUAAGGAAAAUAGCCGAGAUUGCUCAUGCAAAUGAUGCCCUUGUGCUGGUGGAUAAUAGUAUACUGUCCUCUGUGUUGUCUCAGCCAUUAGAACUUGGAGCAGAUAUCGUGAUGCACUCAGCUACCAAGUUUAUAUCUGGGCAUGCUGAUGUCAUGGCAGGAGUCCUUGCUGUGAAAAGAGAAAGCUUGGCAAAAGAAAUAGCUUUCCUGCAAAUUGCAGAAGGGGCUGUUUUGGCACCAUUUGACUGCUGGGUUUGCUUACGAGGAAUUAGAACCAUGCCUUUACGUGUUGAAAAGCAGCAGGAGAAUGCUCAAAAAAUUGCUGAAUAUCUUGCUUCUAAUCCUCGGGUAAAGAAAGUUAACUAUGCUGGUCUCCCUGACCACCCUGGACGUGCUCUACACUAUUCUCAGGCAAAGGGAGCGGGUUCUGUGCUUAGCUUUGUGACGGGUUCCGUAGCACUCUCAAAACAUAUCGUGGAAACUACCAAGUACUUCAACAUAACAGUCAGUUUUGGGAGUGUGAAUUCGCUCAUUAGCUUGCCUUGCUUCAUGUCCCAUUCGGUCAUACCUGCUGCAGAUCGGGAAGCCAGGGGUUUGACAGAAGAUCUCAUUCGCAUAUCUGUGGGCAUUGAGGAUGUAAACGAUUUGACUGAUGACUUGGAUUAUGCAAUUAGAACUGGACCUAUAUAAGGAACUGCAGAUUUUAUCUUGAUCAUGUAUUUACUUCUGCAUUUUCAUCUACAGUUCAAACAUUUUCG